UUAUUUUAAAAACACAUAUAUUUGCCAUUUUGUCACUCCCCUCAGUACUGACACCUGGGGCAAACGGCCCCAACCACACACUCCUUUCCUAUGCCUCUGCCUUCAGAUGUCUUCUAAAAGUCAGGUAGCUGUUUAUUUCCUUGACAUCUGAUGGGAAGGCGUUCCACAGGGUGGGCACCACUACCGAGAAGGCCCUCUGCCUGGUUUCCUGUAACCUCGCUUCUCGCAGUGAGGAAACCACCAGAAGGGUGGACCUCAGUGGGCGGGGGUGGAGCUGAACGAUGGUGGUGGAGAUGCUCCUUCAGGUAUACUGAGCCGUUCAUGGGGCAGUGCUGGAUUAAACCCUGUAGAGGCCCCUUGGCAGUCAAAAUCUGGGCAGGGAACAGGUCUCCUGUGCAUGCUGGAAUAACAUUGAACUAAGAUACAGUGGUAUCUUGGGUUAAGUACUUAAUUCGUGCAGGAGGUCCGUUUUUAACCUGAAACUGUUCUUAACCUGAAGCACCACUUUAGCUAAUGGGGCCUCCUGCUGCCACCACGCUGCCAGAGCACGAUUUCUGUUCUCAUCCUGAAGCAAAGUUCUUAACCCGAGGUACUAUUUCUGGGUUAGCAGAGUCUGUAACCUGAAGCGUCUCUAACCUGAAGCGUAUGUAACCCGAGGUACCACUGUAGCUUGAUUGUUGUGGUGAGUAUUGGAUAAAACGAGAGCAGGGAGGGGAUCCCUCAGACCUGCACUCCACUCUGUGCUCUCAGAUGCGGAGGAGCCCUCCCCCCACAAGGAACUGACAGCAUGACUUUUGCCUUUCAACUGCUGGACAAAGAUCAGCUCUAUCUCCUGGGGGUCAUCCAGGACUGCCAGGCAGCUUGGCUCAGGGGGCUCCGAACCCUGAAGUACUCCAAGGAGGAGACUGCCAAAGCCAUUCUGAACAUCCUUGGCCACUUGGAGUACUUCAGGGAUCGCCCCCUGAGCCUGACCCUGGCCUUCGAGGCCCUCCUGCAGUUGAGUUUUAUGAGACCCCACUUCAGUCCCUCUAUGGUGAGUGCAAUCCUCCAUAGAACAACAGAGGCAGUUCUGGGGAGUGCAGAGGAGGACAAAGAGGAACUGAAGAGGCCAUUCCAGAGCCUGCUGGGGGGUCUCCUCCUAGAAGCCCCCAAUACUAGCACCCUUCUCCACUUGCUUACCGACCUCCGAUAUUGCGCCCUUUUGGGGAGUGAAGACCAAAGGAAAUUAGCGGCCAGCAGUAUAUCCCUGUUGCUGGCCCUUUCACGAAGAUUACCAUACCUAAGAGUAAGUAUUUUGCCUUCCUGUAUUCAGUUCUUUGGUUGCUUCCAUCCUUCCUGGGUGGGGCUGCUUCUCUUACACCCAUCCAGGGUGGGGUUCAUAGUGUCAGCUGACUCAUAUUUGUCUUUCCUCUGCAGAACACAGUAAUCCGGCCGGAGCUGGCGUGCUUCAGGAAUAAUCUGAAAGAAGAUGACAUCAUCAUUGAGGAGUUAUGAUUU